AUGCCAGCUGCUGCAGUGAAGCCCACUCUGGAGGACAUGGUCGCAGAGGGAGGAGGCGUUGGAGAACGUGGGGUGUCCCAGUGGGAAGCCUCGGGGUCGGGCCAGGAGCGGCUGCCUCUGCCCUCCUUGAAAGUCCCACGGGAAAUGCUGAGGAACUUCCCCCACUCCAAGCGGGUGGGAUCCUACCUGGUGGGGAAGAUGAUCAAUAAGGGCUCCUUUGCCAAAGUGAUGGAGGGGCUGCACAUCGGCACAGGGGAGAAGGUAGCCAUUAAAGUGAUAGACAAGAAGAAAGCACGCCAGGACUCCUAUGUGCUGAAAAAUAUGAAGAGGGAACCUCGAAUUCAUCAGAUGGUCCGACAUCCUCAUAUUGUAGUUCUUCUAGAGACUCUGGAGACGGAGAAUAGUUACUACAUGGCCAUGGAGCUCUGUGCAGGAGGAGACCUGAUGGAUAGGAUCUGUGAGAGGAAGAGGCUGGAGGAAAGGGAGGUGCGGCGCUACACCCGGCAGAUCCUCUCUGCAGUGGAACACCUGCACAAACACGGCGUCGUGCACAGAGAUUUAAAGAUUGAAAACUUCCUUCUGGAUGAGCAUAACAACAUAAAGAUUGUAGACUUUGGCCUGAGUAACACUCUGAAGCCUGACUCUAUUUCUCUGGAGCUUCUCAGCACCCAGUGUGGAAGUCCUGCCUAUGCAGCCCCUGAGCUGCUGGCUCACAGGAAGUAUGGACCCAAAGUGGACGUCUGGUCCAUAGGCGUGAGCAUGUUUGCUAUGCUGACAGGGACUCUACCCUUCACUGUUGAACCGUUCAAUAUUAAACAUUUGCAUCAGAAGAUGGUCAAUGGAGAGAUCAGCAGCAUCCCCAGUGACAUCAGCAAAGGUGCUGUGUCAUUUGUCAUGUCUCUCCUGGAGCCAGAUCCAGCGAAGAGACCCAGUGUCAGAGCAGUCAUGGAGGAGAGAUGGCUCAAUGAAGGAUAUGCCAAGAAACCAUUACAAACACACUCUUAUAAAAACAGGUUGUGUCCAGAGGAUCUCGACUCAUCUGUGCUGGCAUACAUGACAGAGACGCUGGGCUACUCCCUCCCUGAAAUAAUCCACACUGUGACCACCAACAGACCUUCUGCCAUCAUGGCCACCUAUCACCUGCUGCUCAGCAAGCUCAACAGAAGCCAGAAAGGAGCCAAGGCUGGCAAGAAGCUGGAGAUUAAUGAUUGGAGUUUUCCAAGCAAGAAUACGUGGAGAGACAUGACUUACGCAGAGGCAAAGACUCAGCAGCAGGGUGAAUCGACCAAUGAGAAAAGUUCGAAGCAGUUCAACAGGCCUCUGAGGGUCCAACAGACAGAUGAAUGUCAGAGCAACAGGAAGAGGACGGAGGACCAGCACAGAAAAGACCACAGAGAGGAUGAUGAGAACCUCCCUCCAUCCCCCUCCUUGCCCCAGCUUCCUCACUCUGCCUCCCCCUCUUUACCCCCCCGUUUUUCCUCCCCCUUCCCAACCCCUCUAUCUGCAGAGGCUACUGAUGAGGAGAUUGCCAUCAGCUUGGAUACAAAGGAGACUCUGUUUCCUGAAGUGUCUUUGUUUGGAGAAAGAGAACUGGUCCAUCUUUCCCCACCAAAGAGCUCUGCAUCAAAACUUUGUGACUCCGCUCCUUGUCAAGUCCCAUUACCAACGGAGCCAAUCAGAGACAGCAGCAUAUCCAGACCAAUCCGACACACACACCUCCUAAGGACAACUCAGUCGGAUGGGGCAGCAGACCAUGGGUCGGAUUGUUUCCAUGACAACCGCCACCAGGAUGACUCCAAUCACAUGAGCAUCAACGAGCGACUAGAAAAGCUGCAGACAUUUUACUCCACAGAGAAGAAGGAAAUCUCUCCGCGAAUGCUACUGGAUACUGACACACACACCACACACUCCUCAGACAGAGGGCACUUGGGUACCAUGGAGAAAACUCAGGCAUCACCCUCUGCUCCCCUUCCUCACCUGCGCAAUGUAGGGUUAAAAGAUGGACGGGGGAGAAAGAUGACAUGGGUGGGGCUGAACAGACCGGGGCCACCAAGACUUCUCAUCAAUGGAUCUAAACCUCCAGUUUUCCCCUCGCAUAGACAACAUACUAUGGUCAUCAAGAGCCUCAGGCAGGAAAGGGGGAAGAGAAAAGAACUGUCUGCAGCAGGAGGAGGAGAGAGGGCAGGAGAAGGGAUGAGUGGAGCCAAGAGAAACACAGUUCAGUUACGUUCAUCUCUCCAACGCCGGGUUGGGGAUCUGAACCUGCCACUACUUCCAGCAGCUUUGCAGGGAAAAAGUGACAGGAAGAAUCAUCUACACAGUAUGGACUAUUAACAAAAAGACAGGAUGAAACAGGUGCACGCAAAUAGGUCCAGUGGUGCUCAUUUGCAUUUUGAUGGAACAGCUAUAAAUGGCAGCUACAAAAAGAUGCAGCAGUAUUCUAUUAUUCCCUACUUUAACUGUUUAUUCAUACUGUUCACACCAACAGUGUCGCACCCAAACAAAUUACAUGCAGUGCCAAAAACUCUGACUCUGAAUAUAAGCUCUUUGCUUAAAUUCCAUCUUCAGCAUUACAACCAUUUAAAUCUUGUCCUUAAAUUUCAGUCCAUCAAAUUGUGAAGUGCAGAAUGCAUACUGACUUUUGGUCCUCAGUGUCCUCAUUGAUCUUCAUUAGAUAUUUAUACUAACACUGAAAGACAAAGUAAACCCAGUUCUGACUUCCACUGUAACAUUUUUAGAAUAUUUUCUGUAAGAGUUUUUCAGGUAUUGCUUAAUAAAGAUUUAAAGAAAAUCAACAAAACACAAAAUAUGAGACUUUUUUUGAGGCUGAAGUAGAACCUUUAACUUCUUUGAUGCAUUUAAUUCAUUGUCUCAUUCGCUAAUAUCAAGCUGUAAUCUUUGGCAUUUUGUCAACUUGCACUU